ACCUCUGGUUUGGUUUAAUUUGUCGUGGUUUGGAUCAGCGAGCUACUUGUGAGUCACAGCUUCCAGCAACUGUAGAGGAAACACUACUCAUCGAAUUCGGUUGUAGUAAACUACAGAUAAGUUUCUCUCUCUCUCUCUCACACACACACACACACACAGAGUAGUUUCACAAAUUCUACUGUAUUUCUUCCCUUAUCUUGGUGUCCACUCCUGCCCACGUGUCUGUUUCUCUUCUCUGUCUGCCAAAGUCCUGGUCUGUUUAUCUCUAGUCUGUCGUUCUUCUCUCUUCUCCCAAACUCCCGUCUUCAGAGCUCUGGCAGAUUCACCAGGGUUUCCUUCUGCAACUGUUUACACUUUUAUGUUUCAUUUUUCUCCCCUUAAUAGCUUAAGCUGGGGGAACUGGACUUCAGUUUAAAAGCCAAGACUUUUCACUCGUCCUUUUUUAUACAACAUGCAUGUCCAUCCUUUCUGCGUACGCUUUUCUCCUUUUCAUUGUGUCCUGUGUGGCCUGACCAUUUUGAGUUAAACAUUGACAAACCUGACUUAUCUUCCCGCUGUGCCUGGCUGAUUCAAAUAUUGACAAUGUUUUGUUGUGAUUACACACACGAGGCGAGGACAUUGUGAAUAAGCAGGGGUGGAGAGAAGGACUGAAAGAGAAAAAGCAAUUUAAGAAAGUCAAAAGGGCACAGUUUGGAAAAUCAUGGAGAGACAGAGAGAGAGAGAGAGAAUAUCCAUUAGCCUCGGCUGAGUUAACCGCAACCACAAACACACACACACACAGAGACACACACACACAUACACACUGUGGGGCAGUCUGGAGAUGAUUAGCUAUGUUUAGGAAGUGAUCUGUUCUGUAUUUGGGAAUCCUGAGCUUGACCUGGAAUCACGUUGGUGUCACUCCUAACUCACCAGAACAGCUGGAGGUGCCAUGUUGAGUAGUAAUACAAUCAACAGCAUAAUAACAUCCAUCUCCGCACGUCCGCUCACAUUUGAAUGGAAUCAGGGUGCAUCCACCCUGGUCUGAAGCAGAUGCAAAUCUUGCUGCUGAACACAGCAUUCCCUCUCUCUAUCUCUAGUAGCAGCUGUGGGUUCAUCUUGUCUAGAAAAUGUUUGCAGAUGACAAAGACUUGGAGAGAGACUCCUAACUUAGGCUGGGGGUUCAAAAUAUCGGAGAUUUUUGUCUCGUUUGCUUUGCAGUGUUAUCUUUCCUGUCCAAAUUCUUCCACUUUGUCUUUAGCCAGUCAGCAUAACCUUUAUCUAAUUUUUACCCUUUCUUUAUCGUUGUUUGUCUCAGAAGUCAAUCUGUUUCAGAUAAGAUAGGCCUUUAUUAGUCUCUUAGUGGGGAAUUUCUCAAAUUUACUCCUUAAUUAUUUAGGCUGUCAUUUAAGUGGGAUAAAACCACCGGUUUUAGAACGUAUAUUAGUCAGUCUUUACAGUACACCUGGUUUGGGUUUAAACUGGUCCAAGGUAUGUAAGAGACGAGAAAGAAAGUAGGUAGGUAGACAAAGAAACGCCGAGGGGGCGUCUACCAAAUACCUCACCGUCUAAUGGCCUUUGAACCUACCAACUCCAGAGAGGGGUAAUGGCGUUAUAAGCGGUUAAUCCACAAAUGUUUUUUUAAAUUUCGUACGCUUGUAGUUUUCGCAUAAUAUUACCAUUGAAAGCUAUAAACCUACAAUAGCGAUAUCGUGUUUACUGUAAGCAUUUAAAAUCGUUUGCUCUCGUAAAUCUCGAUUCUCUUGCCCCUGUUUUUACCGAAGGAUGGUACAGUCCAGGACUCAGACUUGUGGAUGGUAAAUCAAGCAACUUUUCUUCCACACAGUCAAGACGCCAAGAGGAGGAGGAGGCAGGCAUCAACGCAGGGACCCGGCCGGAGUGUAACGUUAGAUAGAGCAGGAGGUUUUUAGCUUUCCGAGAAGUUCUUGUCAUGAUAAUUAGUCAAACGUUUAAAGGCAGAAAAUAGUUUUUUCUUGUCGCGAUAAGAACUCACUGAAUGGGACUCAGAAGGUUAUUCCCUGUGUCUGGGUAAGUCCUAUUUCUUCCGGUUCAACCAUCCUGAGGAGGCCAGCAGAAUGAAGAGCAUGCUUCCACAAAAGAGCCCUGUGUCUGCUUUAGCCUACAACACAGACUACCUGAAGUUCAGCAGUGACUAUAGCCACUCGGUGGUAGGCGGCACCAGCAAUGCGAGGGGCAUGCGAUCGGCCUCUGAGCUGCGGGACUUGAUGGACACCCUGCAGCGCAAGAAGAUUGCCCUGGAGAACAGCCUGAGAGCCAACGGGAAUGCCAACCCCUCCUACUUCAGCGUGACACAAUCUCCCCCGACCACACCUAUCACAAGCCCUGCCACAUCCUCAUCAGCCUAUCAGGAACAGGCAAGGCGUUUCUAUGGCUCAGAUCGUCCUCCCGUGUCUUUGAAAUCUGCUCCUGCUGUUUCCUCUGGACGACGAUCCGAUCCUUCCUCUUCUCUGGCCUCUCGCGCCUCCUUCGGUCGCAACCAGGACGGCCUCGGUGUAAGCGAUAGCCGACGGCUGCACAACUCAGGCUCCUCUACUUUACUGUCGACGUGGAAUGGCGGAGGCUCCUCCGUUUCUGUUGAUGGUAGCAGUAGCUUCCUCCUCUCUCUUCCUCCCUCCUCUAACUCAUCCCGCUCUCCAUCAGCAGGAGGUGCGGCCAGCAUGCCGUCAAGCCCCCGUCUUGGCCGCCGUAGCUAUGGCAACCAAGAGGCAUUGCCCAGCAGUCGAGCCAGGAAAUACUCAGCAGGCUCGCUGAGUGGGAUGCUGGGAGGAGGGCACAGCCGCUCGCUGCCACGCCUCUGCCCCUCUCCAUCUCCUCGUGACAACAACGGAGUCCUGGCUUUGUCAACGCUGCCCCCACGGCGAUCCGAUGUUGCUGGGGGUUACAAAUUUAGCAAAGACCAUUACAACAACAGCCAGAGUGCCAGCUCCGACCUCAGCCACAACUCUAGCAACUCCACCCAGCUUUCAUCCAACAGGAUCCAAACUCAGGGAGAAGGUGUUGUUUCUAUCUGCCUCUCCACCCCUAAGAACUUGUCCUCUACCACCUCCUCCAUCUCUUCCACCGCUGCUCCACCUGAUGUGACCAUUCCGUCCAGAGCAGGAGGUUCUUCUUCUCCUCGUGUGGCCAAAAAACUCAGCCUGACCUCCACCAGCUCUGUGGGCUCCAUCAGCUCCACAAGUUCCAGCCCUCCAGAACUGGAUCAGCUGACGAGCCGUGGAGUCUCCCCAGGGAUGGAGCUGUAUUUGGGGGAGAGGGAGAGGCGAGGGGUAGGCGUAGAACUCGGUGGUGCCCAGGGACUUGGACUUGGAGAGAGGAGAUCUUCGUUUGGGAAGGCGGGGCUGGAACCUGGGAUGGGGUUGGGUGAGAGGAGGCAGUCAUUUGGAAAGGCAGGGGUGACCCCACCAGGAGGUUUCAGGGAAAGAAGGGGGAGCAUCAGCUCACUGAGUGGAAAGGAGGAACUGACCGACUACCACCACCGCCAAAAGGAGGAGAGACUUCGUGAGCAGGAGGUCGAGAGACUGGAGCGACAGCGGCUGGAGACCAUCUUGUCUCUGUGCUCAGAGCUGGGCCGGGCUGAGAGAGACGAAGGUGACGUUACCACAAGUCCCACUUCAGCCGUGGCGGAUCUCCAAAAGAUCAACCAGGAGCUUGAGAAGCUUCAGCUGAACGAUGACGACGACGACGACGACAUACCAUCGGUCUUUUCGGACUCUUCUGCUGUCAAUGGAACGAUGGGGAACGGGCACACGGCCUCCGCUGCAUCAGAGAAUGGUUUCUAUGAUGACGAGCUACAGGUACGACAGAGGCGUAGCAGUGGUCACCGAGACAACAGGGCAGAAUCACCUGCUGUCAGUCUACGAAGCUUCGCCCCUUCACCCUCUCCACGCACACAGAGGACCAUUGAGGCUCUGGAUGAUGCAGCCCGCUGUCGUGGACAGGAAGUGAGGCCUUCGGAGGAGGAAGUGAGGCGUGUGGAAGAGGAGAGGAUCCAGGUGCUGAACAACAUGGAGGAGCUGGAGCAAAAGAUCAAAGAGCUGGACAAUCAAAUGGAGGAAUCUGCUCGAGAGGUGGAGGUUGAGCAAGCCCUGCUGGAGGCUGAGAUGGAGUCAGAGGUAGCUGCUCUCCAGCAGGAAAAAGAUGCUCUGGAAACACUUCACAACAAGAUGGCUGACCUAGAGACCAAGUCCCAGCAGGAAAAAGAAAAGGCGUGUGAGUUGCUGCGGGCAGAAAGGGGCAGAGUAGAGAGGUUGGCUCAGAUUGUGUGUGAGCAGCGCUCCCAGCUGGACAGCUGCCCUGAGGCCACCAAGGAGCCCCUGCAGGAGCAGCUGGCCAGGGACUGUGAGGUGCUCGAGACCGAGACGAAGCGUUUUGAGGACCUGGAGUUCCAGCAGCUGGAGCGAGAGAGCAGGCAGGACGAGGAGAAGGAGACCCACACGCAGCAGCUUCUCCGCGAGAUCGCAGACUACCAGCGGAGCUCUGUCACUCGCAAGGAGCGGCUAUUAACUCUGAAGAAGCAGGCAGCACAGAUUACCCAGCAGGCUCAGCGAGAGAAGGAGAACUUCUUAAAGGAGAGGAACAACCUUGAAGCAAUGCUCCAGAGGGAGAAAGAAAAUCUCACCACACUGGAAAGAAAAUAUGCAGACCUCACCGGUGGCCGCGGUUUCACUCUGAGGGAGGAUGCAGCCUCUCUGGCUGAUGUGUGUCAGUCUUUUAGGUGUGACGCUACAUCUGCCGCAAAUUCUCCUCCUCCAGUCAACUUGUGCACCCUCUCAUCCCCCCUUUCCUCUGUUUUCCUCAGGAAUGCUGAGGGCUAUGUCACAGUCAGUGAAAUCAAUGAGCUUUACUCACAGCUUGGGGGGGACCCUAAACCCGCCCCUCACCCCACCCUGGCCAAUGCCUCUCCUGAGUCUGACGUAAACCCCUCCCCUGACGACGACACCCCCAAACCACCAGAGGAUGAGCAUUUCCGUUUGCUGGAAGAGAGGAGAAGGUCCGAGAAAGACGGCGGCUACCAUCUUAGUGACACGUUACCCAGGAAGAAACCCACACCCAGCGCCACCCCCAAGUUCAUGUGUGCAACACUGGGCCGCAACUUCUCUAACAAGUCCCAUCAGCCUCUGGUACAGAGCACAAGCUGUGGCAGCAUUCUUCCAAGAAUCCUCUCCUUAUCCAACAAGGAAACUGAAUCUCGGCGUCUGCAUAAAGUUCAGCCCACCUCCCGAGCAGCUUCCCAGACCAACGUCUACCUCGAUGCCUUUGGGUACCGUGACAACCAGGCCUUUGACACUAUGAGUGUGGACAGCACCGACUCCAUUGAAACCAGCAUCUCUGCAUGCUCACCUGACAAUGUCUCCAGUGCCAGUACUUCAAAUAUGGCCAAGCUAGAGGAGAUGGAGCGUUUGCUGAGAGAGGCCCAGGCAGAGAAGAAAACCCUCCUCGAACACAAGGAGCGAGAGAUGGACAUGCGAAAGCAGGCGCUGGAGGAGGAGCGGAGGAGAAGGGAGGACCUGGAGAAAAGGCUACAGGAGGAGACGAGCAGACGCCAGAAACUCAUCGAACGCGAGGUGAAACUGCGAGAAAAACAGAGGGCACAGUCCCGGCCGCUGACGCGAUACCUGCCGGUGCGAAAGGACGAUUUUGACUUGCGGGCUCACAUUGAGUCGGCGGGCCACAGCACAGAUACGUGCUUCCACUUGUCCAUCUCGGAAAAGACCUGCCGCGGCUACUUGGUCAAAAUGGGAGGCAAAAUCAAAACCUGGAAGAAACGCUGGUUCGUCUUUGACCGCAACCGACGCACACUCUCCUACUAUGCAGAUAAACACGAAGCCAAGCUGAAAGGAGUCAUUUACUUCCAAGCUAUUGAAGAAGUGUAUUAUGAUCACCUGAAGAACGCACACAAGAGCCCAAAUCCCUCCCUGACCUUCAGUGUAAAGACUCAUGACAGAGUUUACUACAUGGUUGCUCCCUCUCCUGAGGCCAUGAGGAUCUGGAUGGACGUGAUCGUCACAGGUGCUGAGGGAUACACCCAGUUCAUGGUGUAGUGAAGGGGCUUAAAGACUAUGGCUUCUAGCGCUUCUCACUCCCUGGACUUCUUCCGUGUCUGGAUGGAUGAGAUGUACAGCAGGUUGUACAGUCACACGUGAGGCAUUCAUGCGAUGUUAAAUAUUUGAACACUUUCAGGUAAUCUGGUUCAUUUGCAGAGGAGUAAUGAAGUCCAGGAGAUCUGAAAUGUGGCAUGAAGCUCAGGUGAACUCGGCUGCACCUCAAGGUUCGGAUAUUCACGUAAAAAAAUGUUUACCUGACUUGAAUUUUAUACCAGCUUAUCACGAGUUUUCUUCCCGAGCGACUCCUUUCUAGCAAGAAGAAGCUUUUAUUUUUCCAAAGGAUUUUUUAUGUCGAGAAAACUCAGCCAGUUUGAGCUCUGCGUGAUGUUAUUAUCAACACUGUGUAGUUCACAUCAACUAGGAAUACGUGACAGUGAAGCAGCAGUUGUUUUGUUUUGAAACACACAACCACACAAAGUCCGCAGUUUGUUCGACUGUUUCCUGUGCUCAUGAUAAAUUAUGCAUGUGUUAUUUUAGUCAAGGUAGUUGCGCAAAGGCAUUUUAAAUGUUUCCAUCUUGAUUUAAUUCCAAUAUCAGUACUGUGGCAUUCUCAGGUCUUAAAGCUAGGACAUGUAGCAUUUUAGCAUUGAAGUGUCCAUAAGCAGCCCAGCCUUUCUUCUGUGCUUUGCGGAGUUACUUGCAUUAUCCCAAGUGCAUCCAAAAGUGUUCGUACAGCCUAUGAACACGUGAAGUGCCUGCUUUACGUGCGUACUCAGUGUAAUGUAGCUCCACAGUGCUUUUCGUACAUGGUCAGCGAUGUUGACAAAGUCACACUCCUCAUGUAAAACAUUUCAAGAAAUGAAUUAAAAUGUAGUCAGGCGUCAUUUUAUUUUCCAGUACAAAGAAUAAGGACUAAAUGCUUGUGAUGUUUGUACAUUUUGUUUGCAAGUUGUAGUUAGUUUUAAAAUAGUUAUGUUAGUUAUGGUCCAUAAUAAACACCGUACGUUGCCUUUUUAAAAGUCAUAUUGUAUGUGACAGUAUUUUGACAUUUAUAUGAUCUGUAUUUUUUAAGAGCUGUGUGAAUCUAUGUGAAAAAUGCCAAACUGUCUGUGGUGACAGAAUGGAAAUAUUUUCCUGAGUGGUUUUGUGAGAAUGAGCCCUUGUAGGAUUGAGUUGUCUUUGAAGGCAUCUGGUGGGGAAAAAAAAACAAAAAAUCUAUGGUACACACAGGCCUUCAGUCAUCAAAACUGACUGAUUAUUGUGCUGCUUCUUUCCCACUUUCUUUCAACACAUUACUUUUAUCACCACUAAUUCAGUGUUUUAGUUAAAACUAUUACUAAAGCUGCUUUUAGAUUUUCUUUUAUACUCCAUACUGUCUGAGUAAUUCAGUCCAUCAAGCAGUGCAUUUGCCAUCUUGCCUCUUGACGUUGUUUUAUUGACCAAAGUACAUGUUCAUGUGGUAUAGUGUAUAUGUGGUUUCUUUGCUUUGUUUUCUCUUUGUUCAGAACAAUAAGAUCAAAUUUUAUCUGUUUUUACAUGGUUAAAGGAGCUGUUACAGUGGAGGAUUCCAUGAGCUUAACCUUUUCUUUUUAAAAAAAUAAUUUUGUUAUAAUGUUGAUUCUACUGUAUUUAUGCCAUUACCAAUGCAUGUAUCUUAAUUUUGUAUUUCUAUAUGAAUAAUAAAAAUGAUAUAUUUUACCUUUUUAUAAAGCUCA